GGGGGGGGGAGGAUGCUGUAGCCGAUUUACCUGAAAGGAUGUAGGGGGAUUGGAGAGAGGAGGUAGAGGAAACGUUAAAAGAAAGGUUAGUUUGGCCCCGAAGACAUUUCCUCUUCUCCCCGACUGUCUCUCUCUCACUCUCUCUCUCUUUCUCUUGGCGUUUCGCUAGACCUCGUGCGCCCUGUGCCACCACCAUCUCUGCGCUCCCCGUACAAACUGCCCGGCCCAAGUCUUUAUAAGCCCCGUGGUGGCAUGAGAAUGAGCGUGAAAAUUCCAAAUGAGCCACAAGGCUCCUUUCGUUCAUCAAUUAAUCGCAUUAACCCUUCGAGCAACUUUAUAAAAUCUAUAAGUGACAAUAAGUGGUCCCAUUUCGAUUUUUAAAACUUGCUAACAAUCUUUACGGGUCGUCGCCGUCUACCAGAAGCGCCUCAGUGAGUUGACCAUUACUCCUUACUAUGCUAAGUUCGCAAGAGCAUUAGCGAUGUACUCCUCGACCGUGACGCAGUUUGAGGAGCCGCCAAAGAAAUCGAAUACGGAGGGGAGCACCGCCGUUUCUGAGCCGAUUCCGCUUCCGAAGGAGGUGCCCCAGGGGGUGCAGCCACUCAUCUGGCGCAACGUCGUCGGAAUCGCCAUUCUUCACGUUCUCGCAGUCCACUCCUUCGCUACGAAUUACAAAGAGGCCAAAUUCUGGACUUGGAUAUGGAGUCCGAUGUACGGCGUGAUGGCGGGAUUGGGAAUCACAGCGGGAGCCCAUCGUCUCUGGGCGCAUCGCAGCUACUCGGCGAAGCUUCCACUCAGGAUAUUCCUCGCUUACCUUUACUGCAUGGCUGGCCAGACGUGCCUGUACAAAUGGAUCCGCGACCACCGAACUCACCACAGAUUCACCGAGACGCCAGCGGAUCCCCACGACGCCAGUCGCGGUUUCUUCUUCUCCCACGUUGGUUGGCUUAUGAUGAAACGUCAUCCGGCCAUUAAAAAAUACGGUACCAAGGUCGACAUGAGCGACAUCCUCGCGGAUCCCGUAAUCCAGUUCGCUGACAAUCCUAACGACACAUUUAGGUAUUACACGCCGAUUAUGCUCUUCCUGUGUUUCGUCCUGCCGACCCUAGUGCCGGUAUAUUGCUGGAAUGAGACUUGGUACAUCAGCAUACAUGCCGUGAUCAUUCGCUACGUCUGGCUCCUUAACGCGACGUUCCUGGUCAACAGCUUCGCUCACAUGUGGGGUAACCGACCGUACAACAGGCUGGUGAAGCCCACCGAGAACCCCACGGUAGCGUUCUUCACUCUUGGGGAAGGCUGGCACAACUACCACCACUCCUUCCCAUGGGACUACAAGGCGGCCGAACUCGGUGCGUACAGUCUCAAUCCCACGACCGCAUUCAUCGAAGUGAUGUCUUGGUUCGGCUUGGCCUAUGACCUCAAGACCCCAAAAAAAGAAGUGAUCGAAAAGACAUGCCUGAAGAAGGGCGACGGAAGCAACAGCUUGUGGGGUCAUCACUAUAACCGUGAGGAGCCCCUGCAAAAACGUCACUGAUCUUGCUUCCAAAGUAUUCCUUCUUACUAGUGGCAAAGUGGCAAAUGCCAAUGGUGUGUCAAUCUGAGAGUUAUUAACGUCACCAGCGCAACCAAGAGUUACAUUAACAGAUAGUGGCAUUGCCGUCAAUUUUUUUUUCAAGCCCUGAAUAUACUUAUAAUUAGUCGUAUGCCGCAGCAACUAUACAUAUAUACUAUAUCAAAGUGAUUCCGUAUCUUUGGUAGCUUAAUGGUAACACAUGCUUUAAUGCUGUAGUACACCGUAGCAGAGCAGUUUUGUGCGAGUCUCUUGCUGCCUCUCGUUGCGUCUAUGUCACGUAAACGCCCACAGUCGAGUCGAUUGAAUCAAUUUUAUCGAUUGUAUCGAUCGAUUCGGGUAGUGGCAGGCUCUCCCGGAACGAAGACACGGGUAGUUUUAGCUUUAAAGGUUACUCAAGAAAUAGCGAAGCUCUUUCGUGAACGCAGGAUUAUUCAAGACAAAGGCGGCACCAACUAUCGAAACGAUCACGCUCAGUUCAGCCCCGUAGUAGAGUCAACAGUUCGCCUGCCACGUUUGCCUUGAACAAUCCUGUUAAUAAAUAUUUCAACUCGAACAUUUAUUAGUAUAAGCGUAUUGAUAUGUACGUAAACAGAGGAUUUGCUCAAAACGAGAUAAGGGCUCUUGCGACUUAAACACGUUGGAUCGUGCCUCCAGUACUUGUUCCGAUAUAAGUUCAUUCCGCGUGAGUCCUUUUGAGACUAAUUAGAAAGAACAAUUACACGGAAACCAAUCAAAUCUUCAAGGAUCUUCACUUUCGAAAUUUUUAAGUGUUCUAGAAGCGAAAGCAUCGACGACUCGAGUAGGACGCACUGCUUGCUUAAGAUAGCUUAGGUUAAGGUUAUAGUCGAGUUCAAACAGUCUUUCUUUCCUCCAAUAGCCAGUGCUAUCUGACAGACUCUCACUGAGCAAGUCGGCAAUGAGAGCAUUCAGAGCCUGAUGGCAAUUGAUCGGUACGCAGGAAGGAGCAGGGCAACUUGACGGAGAGCUUAAAAACAUUUUCCGCAAACCAACCGACCAAUUGCCAGGUUCUGUUUUGUGCUGUGACGAACUCAGGCAGAAGCCUCUUGUGUCGGAGCUUUUGAAGCUCCUAUCAGCUGCUAUUGGAAAUAGGCUCGACUGCUCAAUUAGAAUAUGUACAGUGUCAUCAAGUAUUUUAAACAUAAAAAUAAAGUUUAAUCUUUGAAAUAUAAUGAAGAAACGGCUGGUGUGGCAUUCAUAAAAAUAUUAAUAAUUAACCCCUUGAUGCUGGAAUAGUUUGAAAUUAUAAUGCGAACUGGAACUAAUUGGAAAUAGAACUGGGCUCCUACAAUCAAUCGCAUGCCAGUAUGACGCUACAGAAUGGAGUUACAUUCAAAUCACCCAAAGUCACCCAAAAUACGCUUCGAAAAUAUAAGUUACAAGGGUUUUACGCGUGAAGAGAAAUGCCGUGCAUAAAAAAACGACUAAUGAAUUAAUGACUAAUUUUAAUAAUUUUUAAAAUAUUUCUACUCUUCUUUGUUAUUAUUGUGAUGGAACGAGGACGUCGUGGAUCGUUCGUUCGUCGAGGCCAAUCGGUUGAGACCGAAUUCAAUAACCCGUUUGAAGGAUCCAUAUGUCAACAUAUCGAAACUGAGGCGUCGACGUCUCGCUCUAGAAUCGAGGUUAGCCAGGUGAACGGUCUCGCCUAACUGCCUAACCGCCUUACUGCCUAACUGCAUAACUUCUUUGGCGAAAUUGUUGCUAAGCCUAAUAGAUUCCCGCAUAAAAGGCUGCGGGUGGCUAUUAAAUGAUGUAUGAAUUUCAAGUCUCAGCUAAGCGGCCCAUAAGCAGUAAUUUCGGGCCAUUCUUAACAAGUUGUGCAAUAUUCACUCGUAAUAACGGUAAUUUAGUAUAACGACUAGGUCAGAUGGCGGAUCUUGGAUUUCAAAGAAAUAUCAUUCUUUCUUCAUUUCUCAUCAAUCUAUCUCAUCGAAUUUAACUGUGGAUCGCUGAUUGUGAUGUUGAUGGUUAAUAAUAAGAGAAUAUUCUUGACCAGUAGAGAAAAAGAAACCUGGAAAAAGACGGAAAUGCGUGCCCCUCGAUUCAAAUUAAUUGUUCAACUUUUCGUUAAUUCAUGUCCAUUAUUUUUAAGUAUAAUAAACCUAUUUAAAUAAACGUUAGCGUUAUUGAAACA